AUGGGCCCGAAUAUACCAGAACAACAGGUGUUUGGGUUUCGCGAACUGUAUCGACCUCAAACGGAAGAGCCCGAAGUAGAUAUCGUCGCCGUACACGGUCUCAAUGGCCACGCCAUCAACACCUGGACUGCAGAGAAUCCUAGAAAGGGAGACGAGCCCAUCUGCUGGUUGAAGCACCAAGAUUUCCUUCCAAAAUAUAUCAGCCGUGCAAGGGUGUUGACCUGGGGUUACAACGCGAAUAUCUCGUCCCUGAAAGGACCAACAAGCUCGGAUCGGAUACUCCAACAUGCCCAAAGCUUGGUGCAACAGUUGCAGGGGGACAGAACUCUGAAUGGUACCAGCGAGAAGCCCAUAAUAUUUGUUUGCCACUCUCUCGGAGGCAUCGUUGUCAAGAGGGCACUGGCAUAUUCAGAAAGUCGGGCAGGACCGAAAAACUCGCAUCUUCGUUCCAUCUUCACCUGUACCUAUGGUAUCAUUUUCUUCGGUACCCCACACAAUGGUUCAAGCAAGGCACAGCUUCUCAAUAGCCUACAAAAGGUCACGAGGUUGACAAUCCCGAAGAGGAUACUGCGUAUUGAAUCAAAUUUGUCAAAGGCCCUUGAGGAAGAGUCGGAAACGCUGCAAAACAUCACGGAUCAAUUCGUCGCCCUGAUGUCAAACUUCCAUCUCAUGUUUUUGUGGGAACAGGAACGCACUUCGAUCCCUGGAUUGGGUGCCUCGUACAUUGUGGAUGAAAGCAGUGCUGCUCCUGGCCUUCCCGAUGUUGAGCGCUGCGGUAUUGCGGCAGACCACCGAGAAAUGUGCCGCUUUGUCAGUAGUAGCGAUCAGGGUUUCCUCACUGUUGUUGACGCCUUACAGCGAUAUAGUCGAGCAGCACCAGAAGAGAUAAAGACCAGGCAUGCGCAAGAACUGUGGUUAUUGAAGGCCAAGCAGCAGGGGGAGAUUAUGGGACUGAUGAGGACGUUGGGCGGGCCACCAGUGCGACCGAAUGGUCUGCUACCAUUCCCUGUUGACGAGAAUGCCUCUUCUGAGGCGCGAUUUCUCAACCAGCGAGAGCAAUGA